AAUCCCAAAUUUGCUAGCCCCAAAAGUCCAAACUUUCUCACUUUCCGAGCGGCAACAAGGCAGAGAAAGAGAGGGCAAGGGAGAAGAAAAAGCAGAGAGAUGGGAAGCAAGUCUGAAGAUUUCUCAGUGUUGGUAUUGGCAUCGGAUCUGGGCAUAGACGCAAGGCCCUUCUUGUCUAACCGAGAAGGAGAGGUUGAAGAAUCCCAAGAGAACUGGCAUGACUGUCCUCAGUAUCUCUCUUCCGACGAAGAUUUCUCCGAUCUCGAGCUCUUGCAGUUCUUUCGCCUCCAGGGCUACGACAAGUCUGGAAACGUUAUUGUCCGCAUCGUAGGAAAGUACUUUCCUGCUCCAGUUGUGAGUGGGGAACGUCUGAAGAGGUAUAUUUGCCACAAAUUAUGCAGUGAAUUGCCAGAAGGGCCGUUCUGCAUUGUUUACAUGCAUAGUACUGUCCAAAAGGAGGAUAAUUCCCCUGGAAUUACUAUCUUGAGGUGGAUUUAUGAAGAACUUCCCACUGAUCUCAAAGACAGGCUUCAAGUAGUGUAUUUUAUUCACCCUGGACUUCGCUCAAGGCUUGCUAUUGCCACUCUUGGCCGCUUCUUCUUAAGUGGAGGGUUCUAUUGGAAGAUCAGAUACAUAAGCCGUUUGCAGUACCUUUGGGACUAUGUGAAGAAGGGAGAUAUUGAGAUUCCAGAAUUCGUGAAAGAUCACGAUGAUGUUCUGGAGCAUAGACCACUAACAGAUUAUGGUAUUGAACCAGACCCUUUACAGUUGACUGAGGCUCCAGCCACUGCAUACUCAUUUGGGAGGUACGAAGAGAAAUGGGCAGCAAGGGACUAUAUGUCCUAGUUUGUGUUAUAUAAUAUUUACCAUAUAUGGCGAGUGCUGAUUAAGUCCUUUGCCACAUUGUUAAGUUAGGUUGAGAUGUGGUUGUUAUAUGUGCACAAGUAUUGUACAGAAUAAUCUUCUCGUUGUGGUAUUGUACCAUGUUACUGCUUAUAAACUAAUUUUCAAGAGAUUGACUAUGAAAGUAUGGAGUCCUCUGUUUCUGUUCUUAA